AUGUUUAUCUUGUCCACGCAGGAAGCCGCGUUGACCAAUGGCACGCCGGUGGAGACGUCCAGCCCCGCCUCGGCGUCCUCGCUCUUCAAUAGGCUGCAGCUGGACGACGACCCGGAAGCAGACGGCCUCGACACUUACGUCUCCACGGAGACCCGAGACCUUUUUGUCACGGUCGAUGACCCAAAGAAGCAUGUCUCCACCAUGGAGACCUACAUCACCUACAGAGUCUCCACCAAGACGACACGGAUAGAGUUCGAUCUGCCCGAAUACUCCUUGCGGCGGCGCUACCAGGACUUCGACAGGCUGAGGAUCAAGUUGGAAGACAGCCAGCCGACCCACCUCAUCCCACCGCUGCCUGAGAAGUUUGUGAUGAAGGGCGUGGUCGACCGUUUUUCAGAGGAGUUUGUGGAGACGAGGAUGAAGGCUCUGGAUAAGUUCCUGAAGCGAGUUGCGGACCAUCCCGUCCUCUCCUUCAACCCGCACCUGAACGCUUUCCUGACUGCCAAGGACCUGAACAAGCGUCAGGGUCUCGCCCUGCUCACCAAAGUGGGCGAGUCGGUGAAGCACGUGGCCGUCGGCUACAAGCUGCGGGCGCGGCCGGCCGAAUUCUGCACCAUGGGCGAGUACCUGGACACUUUCAACCAGAAACUGGGAACCAUCGACCGCAUCGCCCAGAGGAUCCUCAAAGAGCAGUCAGAGUACCUAACAGAGCUGCGUGAGUACGGCACUGUGUACUCCAGCUGGGCCAGGUCGGAGGAAGAGCUGCAGCGCCCCCUGGAGGGCGUGGCCAGCUCCGUAGCAACGUGCUGUGGUGCGCUGGAGGAUCUGACUGACAACAUGAGCCAGGACUUCCUGCCUGUAAUCAGAGAGUACGUUCUCUACAUAGAGUCUAUGAAGAACGUUCUGAGGAAGCGAGACCAGAGCCAGGCGGAGUACGAGGGACGACUAGAAGCAGCCGUGUUGCGCAAACAGGAGGACAGGACGCCCAUGCCUGUGGAGGUCGAGAAAUGCCAGGACAGAGUGGAGUGUUUCAACGCUGACCUGAAGGCGGACUGGGAGCGCUGGCAGAGCAACAAGCGGCAAGACUUCAAACAGCUUCUCACCGGCAUGGCCGACAAAAACAUCAACCACUAUGAAAAGUGCCAGGCAGCGUGGGAGUCGCUCAUCACUCUCCUCCAGGACAAACAGACUGAGGACAAAACGAGCGAGACGAACUGAAACAUCUCGUGUUUCCCACGUUCCUCCCUCACGCUCACACGCUCUCAUGCCAAGGAAACGGACCAAACCGGGCAGCAGCUUGGAACUGCUGGACUUCAGCCCCCUGUUCUCGUGUGAGAUGUUUGUACGGAGGGGAAGUCGUCUCUCACGGUGACCUGACCUGCAAAAGAGGUGCGUUCAUGGACAGCAGGGAACGAGAUACCUACUGUGUACACAGAAACGUUUUUUUCUCAUUGUUCUUAUUGACUUUUUUCUACUUCAUAUUUCCAAUUAACAGUUAAUUGCUGAUGCUGUUUGUGUUUAUUUAAUCUGUUCUCCCCAUUUUCACAUUGAAUAAAACGGGACGGAAAAGCUCCUGAUUGAUGCAUAAAACAUUAUUUGAAGGCAGAUACUGAUAGUUCGAGUUGGUGUGAAGUAUCUUGAAAUAACAAACUAUUUGGAGCAUCCCCGAGAUUUCUCUCCCUUUCUUUUUGUAAAAUCCUCUGAGAACAUAACACUAAAACUCUUUCGCUUUCUCAUCUGUACAAAGGCGUCUUAUUGGUUGUAAAUAAGACGCCAGUAUUUUAUAAACCUUUUCUCAUUUGUUUUGCAUGUUUCCGCUCAUGAAAUCUUAUAUUUGCCAUUUUCACAAGUGCACAAACUUUGCAGCUGUGGGACUUUUCCUGCAGCCUUUAGAACUCAACUCGGACAGAUGUGAAUUUUUUGUGGCAUUAGAGCGACGUGACCCGGCCUUGUGUUCAACCUGAAGGGAAAAGCAGGACACGUCGCAGCUGAUGUCAGAAAGUGAUCUUGGUGAAAACCUCUUAGUUCUAGAGAAAGAAAUCAGUUUUAGAGGCAAAGCUGCAUUGGACAGUGAUGGCACCGGUGUGUGUGUCUGAGUGGAAUAUCGAGCUUCCUUCUGUGUUUGGUCCCACAUCUGUUUUUUGUAGCUACGGUGCAGCAGCCCCACCUGGAGGUCAAACUCUUCUCAUUUUUUAAAAACUGGUCGCGGAGCAGUAGUGUCACUUUUUAUUUUUUUUCAACCAAUUGCCUUUUGUAUCCACUUCUGUUCUCUUGCAGAAACAAAAGACUCAGAUUUGGUUGCUAAAUGGCACAACGGGUAGUUUUACCCUCUGGUUCACGCUGUGAACUUUUAGAAACUGAAGCCAUUUGUUUCCAGAGAAAGGUUUGUUCGUCAGUUUGAAUAAGAAUUGCACUAUUUUGCAAUUUGGUUUGGUUAAAUUCUCUGGAACUCAUCUGCUCGGUUGUGACUCGUGAUGUCGUACAACCGCACAGUCGACCAACAUAUUCUAUUGCGUCACACCGGGUUCCUCUUUUCUCUUGGCUCAAAUGGUGCUGAUGCGGUUUUGCCUUGAAGGAGAAAAUCUAAUUCUGUUCUGAUAUCAGUGUGUGAUCCUGACAAGCUUAGCUUAGAGAUUCCCUUUUUGUGGCGUGGGUAUCACAAGCUGUGGCCUGGUGAUGAUUGUUUUUCAGUCACAUGAUCAUAAUUUCUUUUUGAGGAGUUUCUUUAAUGUAAUAAGAUGCAGAUUUUGAGAAAUGACAAAGCAAAACAAUAAUUUCAUCAUUUUUAUUUUUCUUGUUCCGUGUUUCUAGAGGAUUUAUUAAAACAGUAAAUGUCGUUUGUUUUGCGUCUUUUAAUUGGUGUCUUUCUAUCCGACCGUUAUCACUGAGCCCUCUGCUGUAAGACAGAGAUGACGUCUGCUUGUGAGUCGGUUUUUAGUCGUCAGCUUCAUCUCUUAUGUCCUUCCUUCUCCUUGAGCAUUAAAAUGAAUGAGCUACUGCCUCCUCUCACCACCAGACGUCAGCGAUAAGAAUAUUGUUUGUUUUUUGACUGUGUGCAUUGGAUGGAGUGAGAAGAGUAGCCGUGGUCCAGUGUGGAGGCAGCUUCAGCAGAGAGAACGAUGGAUGCACUUUUUUAUAUGUCAAAUUACCAAAAUACUAAAAUCCUGUGUGGAGAGCCAGAGUCGGGGGGUUUUCUGAUUCGACUGGCUCAUUCACAAUCUACUGUACCGGAAGAAUUACAUUUUAAUCUUCAAGCUUGAAAAGCACAGUUUUGCUCAUUUCUUACACUUUCCAUCCUUUUUUAUGUUUAAUUGUCACAAUUUACAUAAACACACACCAACAUUAAGCAAUUUUCUAUAACGGUUUGUCCAAAAGGUCAGAUUCACUUUUCAGCUAAUAAUUAUAAAAAGGCAGAUAUUGUAAUCAAGCAAGAUGAAAGGAGCGCUUUGGAGUUUUUGACCACUAGGGGUGCUGUGGGGCAGUGUUUCUGAUAGGAACGCUGCCAUCUUGUGCAUGUGGAGCCAGAGUCUGUGCAGUACUGACCGCGGGAUUGAGCCACUGGGGCGUGGUCCCAUUGAUGCACGUGCCCGACCAAUCACAAAUCAGUCUCAGCUUUCAGUCAUGGAAAAAUCAAACAGUCGAACAAACAUCAGUUUGAUUGGCUUCACUUCUGAGGAGCCGUCAUGUCGUCCAUCCUUCUUUUUCCACUGACUUGAUAAAGAACUGAGGAGAUUAAGUUACGGAUGAAGUGAUGGGAUAUAAAUAAUAACUUCUCUUCCUUUUCGUUCUGUUUAGUUUACUUCACGAGAUCGGUACUUGGUGUUUGUUUACAGCUUAUUUUCAGAAAGAGGCGUCCGUGCAUCUGCAGACUUUCCUGCUCUGUGGUGUCAGUACCUGCUCUGACCUGACGCAGUGACCCGAGCACACACAACUUCCUCCUGAGUGAAACCUCUUUUUGCUCUAUCAGCAAUAUUCUGUUUAUUCGAUAUCCCUGAGUGGAAGGAAUACACGACACAGCUGAGUCUAUUUUUGUAUCAGACGCAGAUUGUUGUUGGGUUCCAGUGAGUAUGUGAAGAUGAAGCAUUUAAAAAGGGAUUUUGGAGAUUUGUAAUGUGUAAAUUUGACAGAACCAAAAUAUGAGGAAUGAAGCUUUUAUUGUUGGAACGCCGGUGAUGGAUUUCUGAUGAAUUUACGUCUCCUCUCUCACAGACAUUGUAAAAGCCCCAUAUUAUACUGUGUGCCUGCUGAUUUCCUUUUGCACUAUUUACUGUAUGUAGCUCCAGCCACUGGCAGAAAUAUCUGCUGAGAAAAACAACAAAGAACUAAAUUUACUUUCUUUAAGUUGCCAAAAAAAGAGACAAUGUUCUGGUGUCAAAUUAUUUUGGGUUUCAGUUUGAACGUUUUUUCUGAUUCAGGUUAAAUCACCAAACAGGGAUGAGUAUGACGGCUGCCACUGUACGAGCCCGCAAAGAAGCGAGAAUUGUAUUUUUCUUAAACGUAACAAAAAUCAAAUGUUUCUAAGCCAAAUGUCCCCGUCUAUUCCUCCUGUCUUCCGCACGUACGUUCACUCAUGAAGAGAAUCUGCAGCUCGGAAUAAAAAUCAAACCUGUACGAAAAGGUGAAACGUCAAACGACAGACGAACGUGUGAAUCCAGCUUCGUUUAUACUUAUUAUCUGUUCUCCUAAGUGUGUACUGUUUACGUUCAGAGCUCCUAAUGUACAUUUGGAUGUGAGUAACAUCUUGUAAUUAUAAAUAAGCUUGUAUAUUGAUGUUGUUUUUGAUGCAAUUUAUCUUUACCUCAAAUGAUUUUUUUGGAUAUAUUGGACCAAUAAUAAUAAAAAAUAAGAUUCCAUUUUA